AUGAAUAUCGCAUGCAAGGCCCCGGCGUCUAAAAAGCAAGGCCCUGUGGCCGAGAGCAGCGUGAAGCUGCAAGGACAUGCAAACGUGUGCCGAUGCCACCAUCGACGGUCGGCCACCGGAGCCAUGUCGUAUGCGUUCAUUGCCACGAUGGACAAGUUUUCGCUUGACGUGACGUACCAAGACCUUCUCAAGACCCUGCGCGUGUUUAUGUACUCGAAAUACACGCACGUGUUGUGCUUGUCGGCCUGGCGUGCGCUCACGAUGAAGGUCAAGUUUGCCUUGAGGAGGAUGUGA